AUGGUUAUGAUGGCGACAAACAGGCCGGACAUAUCGGUGGCGCCGACAGUGAACUGCUCGCUGGAGGCAGAUGUGCGGCAAAAGAACCGGUUCGUAGUGCAGGGCGGGGGCGGGUCGCGACUGAGCACAAAAACGACGCUGGUGACAACGACCAAUGUGCCGGUUGAGGCGGCGGGGCGGCUGACGCAGUCGGCGCCGCAGAGCCGGAUAGCUGCAGACGGGCAGCAUGCAGUGGACGGGGCGCUGUCGCUAACAGUGCGGCCGGCGGGGUGGACACAACGCAUCCUUGGAGCAAGCAUUCGGCGGCUGGGCGCAGGCACGGGAGGGUUCGUGGACCUCCAUCGGUCGGGAAUAGUUAACAAGACGUUUGCAGGCAAGGAGGCGGGGCAGGGCGGCGUGGGGGCGCUGAGCCGGCGGGUUCUGGAGGAACUCGGGAUCGCCAUGAACGUGCACCACCGCAACGUGGUGCGGACAUUCGAGGUGGUGGUGGAGACGGACCAGCGGUGCUACGUGGUGAUGGAGCCGUGCGCCAUCGACCUGUUUUCGCUACUGCACCGACACACCGCUGCCCAGGGCGUAUGUGUACCGGACCAGCAGCUUGACUGCUACUUUGUGCAGCUAGUGCGUGGGUUGGCGUAUCUGCAUGCGAUCGGCGUCGCACACCGCGACCUGAAGCUAGACAAUGUGUGUGUGACCAGUGACGGCAUCGUCAAGAUAAUCGAUUUCGGCUGCGCUACGCUGUUCCGCCGGCGGGUGCCCAACACGCAGCCGCUGCUGCCGAGCCGCGCACAGUCGCACCCGCCAGGCCCCAUGCAAUCACAUCUGUCGGGCCGCGCCCUGCCGCGAUUGCGCAAUACCACAGGCCGUCGCCCGGCGCCAUACAAUAUACCGCGGCCAAACGCGCCGGCAAAGUCGUCGGCAAAUGGCGCCAGCGAGCCUGCCCACCACUACAUCGAGAUGCUAUCAUCAGGGGUAUGCGGGUCCGACCCGUACAUGGCACCAGAGCUCUUCACCAGCACCCACUACCUGGCGCCGGCAGCCGACGUGUGGGCGCUGGGAGUGAUAUAUUUUGCAAUGCGACACAUGCAGUUCCCGUGGGCGAUUGCGCAGCCGGCGCGCGACGCACACUAUGCGGCGUUUGCGCAGAAGCCCGGCAGGUUUUUUGACGCGUGGUUUAAGCCGCGUGAGUGGGCGACGAGCUUCCUGACGACUAGAAAGAGCCAUGUGAAAUGUGCGCUGGACGCCAACGCCAUUAUGCGAAGGAUCCUGGACCCGAAUCCGCGGACACGCGCACAAAUUGUGGACAUUGUCGGAGAUCCGUGGUUUGCAUCGCUCGAGUGCUGUGUGGACAGCGAGACGUGUCGGCACGACCACUGGGUGCCGCAGAUAUGA